AUGAGCUUCUUUGCACGUGAGCAGAGCCCCUCGGCCGCCCCAGCAACCGAGGUAAAGAUGGAGUCUGGAGUGGCCGCGCAGUCGCCUCCCUCCGACAACGACGGCGGCGAGCGCCCAGUCCGUCAGCAGCUCCAGAAUACCAACAUCGACUCGGUCAACGGUCCCUCUCAGAUCAACCGAAAGCGCUCCCUGGAAGACGCUGAUGCGGCUACCGACGAGCACCCCACAAAGCGAUCGCGCGAAGGAACCCCGGAAUCCUCUUCUCAGCCUGCUCCCGCAGGUGAGAACUCUGCCGCACCCAAGGAACAAGGCGCUAAUGUGAGUGAUGACGAGUUUGAUGAUUAUUCCGAUUUUUGUUCCGAGGCAGGCUUCGAGCCAUCCAAAGCCCCCAUGGAGUCCGGUGCCCAAUCCCCUACCUUGCCAACUUCUUCCGGAUCAGAGAGCUGGAACACCGAUGGAGACACGAUUUGUGAGCCGGCCCCGUUGAAGUUCUCUAUUCCCUUGGAAAUUGACAUCGCCGUCACCAUUGGCGGAGCGCGGGAAAUCCGACACUUCGCACUCCCCCUCGAAAUCAGCAUCCCUGCCGGGGCUAAGGUUGAGUCCGCUGUCGCUGUGCCUGGAAAACCGAAGAGCCACAUUUCGAUUUCCUCGGAUGGAUCCGUUGCUUCCCCUCCGGUUGCCAGAAAAUGGGCCGAGCGUGCUCCUGAUACCCCUGGUCCUAUCCUUCAUGAUCCCCUCUAUUCGCGUCGUGUUUUACCCCGUGCUUCUGACUUUUUCGGAGAUCCCGUCCAGCCCAGCGUCCAGAGUGAUACCCAUGCUCCUGGUGUCGCAGAUUACAUUUCCGAUUCUGACCAAGUGACCCAACAGAAGCCCAACGAUUCGGACGUCAAGGAACAAGACAAGAUCUCGGAACCCGCCAAGGAUGAAAGCGCCAAGGAACAAGAGAGCAAUAACUCGGCUUUCAGCGCGAGUGCCUUUGGAAAGGCCUCCGCCGGUUCACCAUUUGGCUUGACCAACGCUAACGCAUCUGCCUCACCCUUCGCCGUGAACAACUCAAGCUCAACUGCUUCACCUUUCGGAUCUUCAAAGCCAGCAUCCACCCCCUCGUCUUUCGAAAACUCUGCAUUCAACUCGACUUCUGCCGCCUCGCCUUUCGCCACUGGUGGCACCUCGAGCUUUGGCGGCUUUGGAGGUCUCAAGUCCGGAUCCUCCUUCGCUGCGUCUCCAUUUGCCAACCCGCUUGGCGGCAAGACUGGAAAGGUUACCAGUUUUGCAUCCCCUGAUGUCCCUACCCCCCUCGGUGAUUCCAAGAGCAAGCAGCUCGGUGCCACCACGGCUGAGAACGAGGACAGCGAAAACGAAUCUGAGGCUGAACCCAACGACACCUUUGUGGCCGAAAAGACCGACGAGCGUUUCCACGCAAAGACUGGUAUGACCCCCUGGAUCCCUCCCUUUGGCCCGGCCGCCUUGAACAAUCGCUCACUGGACCAAGUUGAAACCGGAGAGGAGAACGAGACCACCAAGUUCGCCGCUAAGGGCAAACUCUACUACUUCGACGAACAGUGGAAGGAGCGUGGUGCUGGCACCUUCAAGGUCAACACCAAGACCGAUGCCGAUGGAAACAUCUCCGGUCGAAUGAUCAUGCGCGCUGAUGGUGCCCUCCGUGUCACAUUGAACAGCGCCAUCUUCCAUGACAUGAACCACGGUGACACUUCGGGAAAACGGCCCACCAGCAAGGACAUAUUCUUGGCCACCAAGGAAGAUGGCAAGGUUGGCUUGUUGCUACUCCGACUCGGUAACGUGGAUCAGUCCACCGAACUCUAUGAUGUCCUUGAAGACAUUCUGAAGGAUUUCCCUCAGACCGCGAAGAAGUGA